CUGGUCAGGAUGUAUCGUAUCAACAACAUCUACGUGCUCGCUGCCUUCGGCACGAUAGGCGGCGCUCUCUUCGGUUUCGAUGUCUCGUCUAUGUCCGCGUUCCUCGCUACUGAUCAGUACCUCGAGUUUUUCAAUCAUCCCAAUUCGGAUCUCCAGGGAGGAAUCACCGCGUCUAUGUCGGCGGGCUCAUUCGCCGGUGCGAUUGCAGCUGGUUUCAUCGCUGACCACGUAGGCCGCCGUAAGAGUUUGAUGGUGGCCUCUCUCGUCUGGAUCAUUGGCGCAGUUAUCCAAUGUUCCGCCCAGAAUGUAGCCCAUCUCGUGGCCGGCCGAGUCAUUAGCGGUCUCUCUGUCGGUGUGACUUCUUCCCAAGUAUGUGUUUACCUGGCGGAACUGGCCCCAGCCCGUAUCCGCGGACGGAUUGUGGGAAUCCAGCAAUGGGCGAUCGAAUGGGGUAUCCUUAUAAUGUACCUGAUCUCGUGGGGCUGCGGCAAAGGCAUCGCUGGACCCUCCGCCUUCCGAGUCGCCUGGGGUGUCCAAGCCGUCCCUGGUCUCGUCUUGUUCCUCGCGUUAUUUUUCUUCCCCGAGUCUCCGCGGUGGCUGGCCAGUCGUGAACGCUGGGAAGAAGCACUUGAUGUUCUUGCCGCCCUCCACGGAAAGGGCAACCGCAACGAUCCAGUCGUCCAGGUCGAGUUUGAGGAAGUAAAAGAGGCUGCGCGUCUCGCAGCUGAAGCCAAGGACGUCUCUUUCUUUGCUCUUUUUGGCCCGCGCAUCUGGAAGCGAACCCUGUGUGGCGUCAGUUGCCAGGUCUGGCAGCAGUUGCUUGGCGGGAAUGUGGCCAUGUACUACGUUGUUUGGAUCUUCCAGAUGGCUGGAAUGUACGUGAUCUUCGUCGCCACAACCGGCGUCAUCCUCCCCUACAUCGAUCGCAUCGGACGCCGUCUCCUUCUCGUCUCGGGCGCCAUUAUCUGCAUGAUCAUCCACUACGCCAUUGCGGCCGUGAUGGCUACACGCGGCAACCCGGUCGAUGAAAUCAAUGGCAACGCCUCGCUCAAGUGGGAAAUCACCGGCGCGAGCGGCAAAGCCGUCAUCGCCAUGUCGUACAUCUUCGUCGGCGUCUACGGUCUAACCUGGGCCCCUGCAGCCUGGAUCUACGCGUCCGAAGUGUUCCCACUAAAGUACCGAGCCAAGGGUGUCGGAUUGAGUGCCGCCGGCAACUGGAUCUUCAACUUUGCGCUGGCGUACUUUGUUGCACCUGCGUUCACGAAUAUCCAGUGGAAGACAUACAUUAUCUUCGGUGUCUUCUGCACGGUCAUGACCUUCCAUGUUUUCUUCAUGUAUCCCGAGACAGCGCAGCGAAGUCUUGAAGAGAUCGAUCUUAUGUUCGACACCCAUGUGAAACCGUGGCAGACGGCGAAACUUCAGGAUCGGUUCGAGGAGGAGGUUGAGAGGCAACGGAAGCAGAGUGUUGCCGAGGCGCAUGUCGGCGAUGCGAGUCAUAAGGAAGAGGUCUAG